AUGAAUAGCAUCGAUGGAUCGGCGCAUUACGAGGUCGAGGCCACGGGCCAGACGCCGUCGCUCCUCACCCUAAUCAUCGACACGAACCCUCGCGCCUGGGCAGCCCUCGAGGACACGAUCCCCUUCUCAAAGGCCAUUGCCAAUAUACUCGUCUUUGUCAAUGCGCACCUGGCCUUUGGCAACGACAACCAAGUCGCCAUCCUCGCCGCACACUCGCACCGGGCAGUCUGGCUGUACCCGAAGCCACCCAAGAAUGUACGAGGAGGUGGUGGCGGAGACCAAGAUGGCGAUGUCGAAAUGUCGGGCACGAUGAAUGGACAGCAGAACGGCGGGGGCGGCGCCGCCGUGACUUCGGCCAACAAGUAUCCCCAGUUCGCCUCCAUCGAAGCCUCGAUCCUCUCGUCGCUAAGGACGCUCAUGGCCGAGAGCUCAUCGACCGAUCUCCCGUCCACUACCCUCGUCGCGGGUGCCCUGACCACGUCCUUGGCCUACAUCCACAAGACGUCGCUCGCCUAUGCGCCGCCCAAGCAGUCCACCGACCCAGCCAACCCGCUGACAACGGCAUCAGCCGUCUCGUCGAAUCCGACAUUACACGCCCGGAUCCUGGUCAUAUCCGUAUCGGACUCUGACCCGGCGCAGUACAUUGCGACCAUGAACGCCGUAUUCGCCGCCUCGCACGCUCGGAUCCCCAUCGAUACGCUUUCCGUCUCCCCACACGCCUCGCCGACUUUUCUCCAGCAGGCCGCCUUCAUCACCAACGGCUCCUACCUGUCUUGCGCCUCCAAUCCGACCGGCUUGCUCACCUACCUCAUGUUUGGCUUCCUCCCCGACGCCGAAGCACGUACACAUUUGGUAAUGCCGUCGCAAGAUUCGGUCGACUUUCGAGCUGCCUGUUUUUGUCAUGGCAAAGUUAUUGACAAGGGUUUCGUGUGUAGUAUAUGUUUGAGCAUUUUUUGUGAAGUACCUGAUGGAGCCGAGUGCUUGACAUGCGGGUCGAAACUGGCGCUCGGCAAGUUUGGUGCGAAACCAGUCGUCGUGCCCCGGAAGAAGAAGAAAAAGAAGAAGAUCAACGGUGUCACAGGACGGGAGGAAACGGGAAGUGCAACUGGUACACCAGCUCCAGCAUAG